GGGUACUUCCCUAAAAUUUGGAGAAACGGCCGACGCCAGGAAUGACUGCUUCAUUAAAUUUACAUAUCUACAUGCAUACCCAAAUACAAACCGUGACGAACUGGCCUUAGGGAUCCAACUGGAACAGAUGGAACUGACGGCAACUCUGCUUUACGUCGAGACGAGCCAGGGCAGUGUGGAUUUCCUGCAUUUAAUGGUGGAAGAAGGAUAUGUCAAUUUGACCUACAACAUGGGCGGUGGACCAAUUUCAGUGAAGGAACCUAGGAGGAAGAUUGAUGACAGCUACUACCACCGCAUUCGUGUUUUCCGGAAUGGUUACUGGAUUCUGUUGGAAGUUGACGAGCUGACAACGCGACACGUCUCAACAAGUGCGUACUUUCCUUUCACGUAG